CCAAUUUAGGUUGAAAGUGAGUGUGUGUUGACUGGUAAAAAUUCUUGGAUCGAAACAAAUGGAGAAAUCGGUAGCAUCAGAGAAUCGGAAGAGCGAAAGCAAUGAACACUUGUUAGACACCUCCAUCACACUCUUGGAUGAUUUCUCAUCUUCUAUUUCCGAAUUGCAACUCAACGCCCCAGUUUCACCGCCGACGAAUCCCGCUUCACAUGAUUCUAUUGGGAGUUCCUCUUCUGCUGAUGAUGACUGGGAAGCAAAAGCUGAUUGUGAACCUGACAAGUUACUGUCUCCGGCGUCCUCUGAAGUUUUACCUAGAAUGUCAAAUCUUAAAUUGGAGAACACCAAAAGUCCAACCCCAAAGCGACGUGGAAGGGGAACAUUCUCUUAUGAUAAUGAUAAACUUUAUAGUGAUCGGUUACUGGAUGGUUCGAUUAUUGAUGAUGUUGAGGAUGAAGAAACUCGUUCUGGUUCAGAAGAUAAAAAAGGUACACCAAACUUACAAUAUGGGACCAGUCACGUUCUUGUGUUGUCUCACUUUUCACCAAGCACUAGAACAACAGACCUUGAGAAGGUUUUUGAUGACAUAAAAAAUUGUCAUUUUGUGAUUCGCUGGGUCAAUGAUACGGUUGCACUUGCAGUAUUCCGAACUCCAGCAGAGGCACUUGAGGCUCAAAGCAAUGCUCGAUGUUCAUUUAAUAUGACAAUGAAGAUACUUGGUGAAGAUGAUGCACAUCUCAGUUCAAUUAAACCAAAUGAUCUGAAACCACCUCAGCAAAGACAGAAAACCUCAGUAGCAGCAGCGCAGAGGAUGAUUGCUAACAGUAUGGGGAUAAAAUUGACCUCCCCAAGCCGUGGUACAGGCUUCCAACAACAUAAAAGGGAAGAAAAUACUCGAAAGGAACGCAUUGUUAACAGGCAAAAAUUGAAAGAAGAUGCAUGGGGAGAAGAUUAAUAUAUUUGUAGUAGUGCUUAAAUUGUCCUAGCUUUUAACUCCAUUCAUUGUAUGUUAUCAAUGGAAUCUAUGCUUUGUCUGUUGUUCGUACAGAUAGCUGGAUUUAUCAAAAGAAUUUCCGGAACAUGAAAUCAGGUUGCAGAUGGGUCUGUCGCGGUGGAAUUGAUCAACAUGAGAAAUAAUCAUACUCAAGCAUGUAAAGGGUUUGUACGAAAAUUUAAAACUUGUACAUACUGAUACUGGUAGCUAGAUGAUGUCUUGUUUCAUGUGAAA